CUUGCUACUCCGUACAUAGUACAGGGUAAGUAGCUCACUCAAGGGUUGUCUCCGAUAUCCUCUAUUGCAAAUGAAAAAUCAUCUACAUAGCCGAUAUACUAUUAAGUACCUAUCUAUCCACUGAGUGAUGAUAGAUAGUAGUAGCCUUAUCCGCCCGGCAGCCAAUGGUAUUCCAGCCUGGUUGGAGAAGUUUGACCCCAAGAUCACCGGGCCGGUCAAGCGGUAGUGCACCGGCGCCGGUUGGACCCACCGGCCCGCCAGCCGGUUGCCAUCUGCUAUCAGCGACAGCGCAUUGGACGUUGGAUUUUGGGUUUUGGAUUUUUGGAUUUUUGGAUUUUUGUUCCAUACAUGGUUUUGGGUGUCCCUGUGACCAGCUCUCUCUCGUCGCCGCAGUCCCAGUUGCCUGGCAUCUGUUUAUCUAGUACCUAGCUCGAGCAACGCGUACCGUGGCGGGGGAUCAAGUGGCGAUCUCCUUGAUACCUACUCUGUA